AUGGUUGGCACUAGAUUUGCGUCCAUACACACCGGACAAUCAUACCUCCCGGUGCUCAUGACACCGUUCUGUUACGGACCCCACUUUCAAUUCACUAAUAUAUCGCAAGUUAUUACACAACGUCUAUACGAGGCAUCACUUUUGCAGCGCUGGUAUCUCACGAGAAAUACAUUUUAUAUGCAAAUCUUCAAAACUAUCGCCGAAAACAGUAUUUUUAUGGACAAACCUGUAACCGAUUUCUACGCUAUAACGGUCGACCCC